GGAUCCUGGUCGCGCGCAGCAUCAGCCACGUCACCGAUAAGCGGCGCGAGCGCACGGAUCAGCUGUAGAUCAUCAGCGUUACACUCUAUUGUACAAAAGAUUAUUUUAAAACAGUAUAUAUACAUAUGAUAACAUAUAUAACAGUCGUGUGUAUAUUUACUAAAGACUGAUCUAUGCACUGACGCGCACGCGCUGAGCAGCAGAUAGAAAGUUUUUCUGAACUGAUCCGAGAACAGCUGUUGAACUGUUCACGUUCUGCGCGCUGAUCUUCUCAUCUGAUCAUUAAUCGAUAACAUGAAUAUCUUCCGUCUGGCUGGAGAUGUUUGUCAUCUCAUCGCGAUUAUUAUUCUCUUCCUGAAGAUAUGGAGAUCCAAAUCAUGCGCAGGUAUUUCUGGGAAGUCUCAGGUGCUGUUUGCUCUGGUCUUCACCACCAGAUAUCUGGACCUGUUCACAUCCUUCAUCUCCAUCUACAACACCGUCAUGAAGGUGGUGUAUUUGGCGUUGGCGUACGCCACCGUCAGUCUGAUUUACUCCCGCUUCAGGAACUCUUAUGACUCUGAGAGCGACUCGUUCCGUGUGGAGUUUCUGCUGGUUCCUGUCGCUGGUCUGUCUUUCCUAGAGAAUUAUGCUUUCACACCACUGGAGAUUCUGUGGACGUUCUCCAUCUAUCUGGAGUCGGUGGCGAUCCUGCCACAGUUGUUCAUGAUCACGAAGACGGGUGAGGCGGAGUCCAUCACCACACACUAUCUGUUCUUCCUCGGCCUGUACCGCGUGCUCUACCUUGCUAACUGGGUGUGGCGCUACCACGUGGAGGGUUUCUUCGAUCAGAUAGCCGUGGUGUCCGGCGUCGUCCAGACCAUCUUCUACUGCGACUUCUUCUAUCUGUACUUCACCAGAGUGCUCAGAGGAAGUGGAAAGAUGAGUUUGCCGAUGCCAGUGUGAGAUAUUUUGUCAAGGCCCUCCACCUGCAUUAGACCACACCCCCAGUGGUGUCAUCUUCACGUCUUCCUCUCUGCUGUGGUGUGAAUGAUGGCGUACAGUAAGCGGAGAACUGCUGGAUGUGCCUUAAUGUUUCUGUUCAUAAAGACAAUGUUCAGAGACGUCUGUUCCUGUCAAGUGUGUCUGAAACACUCCAGUCUGUUGGCUCACAGCUUUGCUUUCUUAUUUUUUCAGUCUAUUCAUGUAGUAAAAGAUUUUUCCGAUGAUGCCUUUGUUGUUUGUGACCUUUCUUUGCUUUUAUUCUUAUAAGGGAAUUAAGAGUCUUCCUCAGCGUGUGUGAAUGCGUGCAAAUAUCACAUUUUAUGAAUGUUUUUUUAUUAACCACAUUUCUCUCUGAAAAUGACACAUAAUAGAGGUUUGGUAAUAUUAUACUUAUUUUUAAUGAUUUCAUAUAUACAUGGCCUUAUUUUUAUUAAGUGUUUUAUAAAACAUGUCAAUAAAGAAUGUGUUUCUCUG